UGAGUUGCGUUACUAUGAAAACAAGUCAAACAUCAAGUCACCUCAAGAUUGGCAGUUUCCAGAAUGAGCGUCCAAUACUUGAAGAUCGGGGUGUUUCCCCCCCAGUCCAAACCUUCGAUUAGCGAACUAGCUAUCCUGGUGAACUCUAUCUAGUAGACCCAAAUGUUGGCGAUGAUGAGAAAGUCGGAGUCAGGCUCCAAGAAAGAGGUUUAGUCAGCCGACGAAUUGCUCCAUCACUCGAGAAUUGGGCCCCCUCACAUCCCCGGCCUCCCCAUCCGUCCCCCGGAAUCCUCUCUAUUCAAUACCAUUAGCACUGGCCCCUUGCUGUGUUAUUUGCCAGCCCAUAUUCGACCUGUUGAAACAUCCUCACAACUCGCCCACAGUCUCUGACAGAAAAGAAAAUGCCGCGCAGACAAGAUCCCUCCAAGCAAGUAUCUAGACGGAGCCACCGUGGCUGUCACCGCUGUCGUUUACACAAAAUCCGGUGCGACGAGGCCAAACCUCACUGUGGGCCGUGUACUUCCCGUGGCUACUCCGAUUGCAUCUACGCCCAGGUCCUUAAAUGGGAGACGGACUACGUUGGCCGCGCCUUUGGGAGGGCCGGCGUAUGGUCGAAAUCUGGGGCUGGCGGCAAUAAUAAGAAGAAAUCCGCGACGCCGCCUUCGAAUCUGGACAACUACUGGUGUCUACCUACUCACGUCCAUUCUUUUGGUUUCCUAAACUCCUUCAUUGCCGACUUCGAAAAGGAAGAGUCCUCGUCGUCCUCUAGCGAUGACAGCUCCACGGAUGAUCGCAAAUCGGCGGCCCUUACACUAAGAAAGAAUUUGGGCUCUAUUAAUCGACCGGUCAAGUACGUCCAACUCGACAGCCAGGCCGAAUCACAUUUGUUAUCAUACUACCUUGACCGGAUCUGUCCCAUGACAGUCACAUGCGCCAAAGGCGAAUCUCCCUUUUCCGCUCUCAUCUUCCCAUUUGCCGUAUCCUCCGCCUCGCCGGCCCUUAUGCACGCCCUCCUGGGCCUCGCCGCUUCACACAGAGCAAGAUCAGACUGCACAUAUCAGCCGGUAGCUCUUAGCUACUCAGCCAAAGUCAUCCGAUCGCUGCGCUUGUCCCUCGAAAACAAAUCAUCCAUCGACAUCGCAGCCAACUCGGAGAUCCUCGUCUUGAUCAUGCUGCUAUGCCAGCUCGAAAUCAUUACGGAGUGCGACAAGCGCUGGGUUACGCAUCUGCGCGGGGCCCGAGACCUCAUCAGGUUCAGACGCCAAGGCAUGACUUCGGACGCCGCCAAGAUGGCGGCGCGGCAGCAGAGCCCCUGGGAGCGAAUCAUCAAGUUCACCGAGCGGUACUUUGCCUUUUACGAUGUCAUGGGACGAACUGCCUGCGGUGAGGAACCCAUCUUCGGUAACGACUUUUGGUCCGCGCAGGAGGACGAGGGGCUUGAUCUGUGGAUGGGCUGCUCGCCGCAGCUUGUCAGCAUCAUUGGCGAGAUUACGGAGCUCAGCUUCAAGUACCAUCGCAUGUCGUCUUCGACGGCGGAGGAAUGCUGGCAGGACCUUGAACGCCAGCGGAUGAGGUUGACUUGUUUGCUCCAACAGCCGCAUCUUAAGAGCGAUAGCGAAGACGAAAUCAUCAGGAAUAUCGUCGAGUUGAAGCGGCUGACUGUAGAGCUGUAUCUUCACUCUGCUCUUGACGACUCCAAUCCGGCGACGCCUGUGAUUCGACAGAACGUCAAGAAGAUCUUGCGUCUCGUCGCGAUGUUGCUCGAAGCGGAUGUCAAAGCUGGGCUUACAUGGCCACUGUUUAUGGCAGCCUGCCAACUCGAUCCUACAGAGGAGCUCGAGUGGGCGGAGGGAGAUACUGAGAACCAAGGGGCCCCUCGCUACGCACGACCGUUUGUCCUCUACGUUCUCGACAAGUUGGCAGAUUCGCUCUCCAAUGUCACCCGAACGCGUUCGGUAAUCGAAAAGGUAUGGAAACAGCGAGAGGCGGCCACAUUCCUGUCGUCGGAUCGACAGCUUUCUCCCAGUCCCAAGGCCUUCAAUGACUGGGCUCGUUUUGUGGCUCCACUCUGUCACAAUAUUAGUUUGGCCUGAGCUGCGUAGUACAGGCGACAAUGCCUUUGAAGAUGUAGGAUGGCCCUGAAGUUCUCGUGUGGAAACAGAACUUGGCUUCUGUGAU